CGCGCUGCCCUCUCCGCGCGUCUCGCUGUGUCUCAGUGUCUGGGUCGCCGCGCUCUGGGCCACGCCAUGCUCCUGCUGUUGGGGCUGUGCUUGGGGCUGCCCCUCUGCGCAGGGUCUCAGGACCGCCUGGCGCCCUCUCUGGAGCUGGAAGAGGCGCGGAGGUGGGAUGACACUUUGGAGCAAGUUGGACGCAGGGUCCCAAGGCAAGUGAGGCUGUUACAAAGGCUGAAAACCAAACCCCUGAUGACAGAAUUUUCUGUGAAGUCGACCAUUAUUUCUCGUUAUGCCUUCACUACGGUUUCCUGCAGAAUGCUGAAUAGAGCUUCGGAGGACCAGGAAGUUGAGUUCCAGAUGCAGAUUCCAGCAGCAUCUUUCAUCACCAACUUCGUUAUGCUUGUUGGAGACAAGGUUUAUCAGGGUGAAAUUACAGAAAAAGAAAAGAAAAAUGGCGAUAGGGUAAAAGAGGAAAGGAAUAAAACCACAGAAGACAAUGGGGAGAAGGGAACUGAAACGUUCAGAGCUUCCUUAGUGAUUCCCAGCAAGGACAAAGCUGUCUUCAGCUUAAGUUAUGAAGAGCUCUUGCAGAGGCGGCUUGGAAAGUAUGAACACAUCAUCAGUGUGCGACCCCAGCAGCUGGUUGGAAGGCUCACUGUGGAAGUGAAUAUUCUGGAGAAGUCAGGCAUUGCAUCACUGGAAGUGCUUCCGCUACGCAACAGCAGGCAGAAGGGCACUGGGAGAGGGGAAGAUGAUUCGGGGCCUCCUCCUUCUACGGUUAUCCACCAAAAUGAAACUUCUGCCAAAGUCAUUUUUAAACCUAGUGUGAUACAACAAGCCAAGAUUGCUCAGAAUGGUAUUUUGGGAGAUUUCAUCAUUAGAUAUGAUGUCAAUAGGGAACAGAGCAUUGGGGACAUCCAGGUUCUAAAUGGCUAUUUUGUGCACUACUUUGCCCCUAAAGACCUUCCUCCUUUGCCCAAGAACGUGGUAUUUUUGCUUGACAGCAGUGCGUCCAUGGUGGGAACCAAACUCCGGCAGACCAAGGACGCCCUCUUCACCAUCCUCCAUGACCUCCGACCUCAGGAUCAUUUCAGUAUCAUUGGAUUUUCCAACCGGAUCAAAGUGUGGAAGGACCACUUGGUGUCAGUCACUCCCGACAACAUCAGGGAUGGCAAAGUCUUCAUUCACCACAUGUCGCCUGCUGGAGGCACGGACAUCAAUGGGGCCCUUCAGAGGGGUAUCAGGCUGCUCAACAACUAUGUGGCCCACAAUGACAUUGAAGACCGGAGUGUAUCCCUCAUCAUCUUCCUGACAGAUGGGAAACCCACUGUGGGGGAGACCCACACCCUUAAGAUUCUCAACAACACCAAAGAGGCUGCCCGUGGUCAAAUCUGCAUCUUCACCAUUGGAAUUGGGAAUGAUGUGGACUUCAGACUGUUGGAGAAGCUGUCACUGGAGAACUGUGGCCUCACACGACGUGUGCACGAGGAGGAAGAUGCGGGCUCACAGUUCAUCGGGUUCUACGAUGAGAUCAGGACUCCUCUCCUCUCUGAUAUUCGCAUUGAUUAUCCACCCAGCUUAGUGGAGCAUGUCACCAAAACCCUGUUCCCCAACUACUUCAACGGCUCAGAAAUCAUCAUUGCUGGGAAGCUGGUGGACAGGAAGAUGGAUCAGUUGCAUGUGGAAGUCACAGCCAGCAACAGUAAGAAAUUUGUCAUACUGAAGACGGAUGUGCCUGUGGAGCCCCAGAAGGUGGGAAAUGAUGUCACAGGCAGCUCCGGGCCCAAGGGUGAUGGCAAGGAGGACCCCAACCACAUUGAGCGUCUCUGGAGCUACCUCACCUUGAAGGAGCUGCUGAGUUCCUGGCUGCAGAGUGACGAUGAACAAGAGAAAGAGAGGCUGAGGCAGAAGGCCCAAGCUCUGGCAGUGAAUUAUCACUUCCUCACCCCAUUCACCUCCAUGAAGCUGAAGAAAUCAGCAACUCAGACAGAGAGACUGGAGGACAACUAUGGCAUGUCUGCUGCAGUAGGUCCUGAGACAGUGAUGCAGAGCUUGCGAGGAGCCAGCAUGCAACCGGGACCUGUUCUCAAGAGACCAUACAACCCAAGAAUUAAAAUCUCUAAAACAUCAGCGGAUGGAGACCCCCAUUUUGUCGUGGAUUUUCCCUCGAGCCAGCUCACUGUCUGCUUUAACAUUGAUGGACAACCUGGAGACAUUCUAAGGCUAGUCUCUGAUCACAGGGACUCUGGUGUGACAGUGAAUGGAGAGUUAAUCGGGGCCCCUGCUCCUCCAAAUGGCCACAAGAAACAGCGCACUUACUUCCACACCAUCACCAUCCUUGUCAAUAAGCCUGAGAGAUCUUAUCUGGAAAUCACACCAAAAAGAGUCAUCUUGGAUGGUGGGGACAGGCUGGUCCUCCCUUGCAACCAGAGCGUGGUGGUGGGGAGUCGGGGGCUGGAGGUAUCAGUAUCUGCCAACGCCAAUGUCACCGUCACCAUCCAGGGCACCAUUGCCUUUGUCAUCCUCAUUCACCUCUACAAAAAGCCAGCAUCCUACCAGCGAAACCACCUGGGCUUCUACAUCUCCAACAGCAAAGGCCUUUCCAGUUACUGCCAUGGACUAUUAGGUCAGUUCCUGAACCAGGAUGCUAAACUCACAGAGGAGCCUGCAGGGCUCAGCAAGAAUCUUACUGAUCCUCCACUCCCUCAGGCAGACAAAAGGUCUGAGACUGUCCUAAAGGUGAAAGGGCACCGAGUCCCAGUGGUCUGGAAACAAAGAAAGAUCUACAAUGGGGAAGAGGAAAUAGACUGCUGGUUUGCCAAGAACAAUGCUGCCAAACUGAUUGAUGGGGAAUAUAAAGAUUACCUGGCAUCUCAUCCGUUUGACACAGAGACUACAUUUGGCCUGGGAAUACCCAGGGGACUCUGAAGCUAGUGGCCUUAAAUAUAGAGUGCAUGACAGGGAAAUGGUCUGGGGACACCGUAGUGCAGCUCUUCUUGUUGCUUGUACAUGCCUCAUUCUUGGCAAUUAGCUGCACUCCAUAAUCUAUCCCCAUGGAGUGUGGGUCCAAUGUCUGCUUGAGCAAAGGGUAGGAGCAGGAAGCUUGUGUGAGACUUACUUCCUCCUACUUCCUUUUCCUGCCUUCCUCCUUCCUAUCUACAGUAGAGAAACCCUAUGUCUUAUACCAACUGGCAUGUCCUUCUCAUAGCCUACCGUAAGGUAACCCAUCUGAUGAAGGAAGAUUGCCAUGAGAUUUUUUUUUCUGUGGAAAGGGCCAAGUUUGGGCACCCUGCUUUUUGCCUUAUACUAAUGCUUAGGAAUCUCUGCGUUCUCCAGAGGUUUGGCCAACCUUUGCCUCAAAAAAAACAAACCAAACCUGUUGCCAUAGAGUUGAUUCUGACUCAUAGCGACCGUAUAGGACAGAGUAGAACUGUCCCAUAGAGUUUCCAAGGAGCACCUGGUAGAUUCUAACUGCCAGCCUUGAUGGGUAGCAGCCGUAGCUCUUAACCACUGCACCACCAGGGUUUCAAGGGAACCUCUAAUUGAGCCCAGGCUGUAGGUGGUGCAAAUGGCAGAGAGAUUUGAUCACUGUUUUCUUAGGAGAGGAUUUUCUUCUGCUGUGAUAUCUUGCCCUUAAAAUUUAGUUUUCAUUAAAAUAAAUUGGAAACAGAAAUCCAUAUCCUAGAUACUGAUAACCUUCUAAUGGACUUUGUAAACCACUGGACUUUGCUAGUGGAGGGCCUCUGUAUUCCAGUAAGCCAAGUACUUUAAUAAUGCCAAGUGGCUGUUUUUUACUGGCCUGUGUGGGUGCUGGAGGGCUGGUCAAGUAAAUGAAUGCUGUAUCUUUUACUUGGAGCUGUUCAGGCUUUGUCAUAAUUCCUGCAUCGUUUUGCUUGCAGUCCUCCAGGAGGUGGGACAGGGACUGGGAGGGAGAGAGCUAUUGGCUCAGCCAUAGGGAUCAACUUGUACAUUCGCAGCAGGAAAAGUGUAUAUUCUACAAAAUCUAAAAAGACCUUCCACACCUCAGAAAGGCCAAAGCCAGGAAAUCAGCAUGAGUGAGGGUCUUUGGUUUCAGAGCUUGGACAAACCCGGUCCUAUAAAGAAAAGGUUAAAAUCACGGGGACUUGAAAAGUCAAUAAAUGUCACGCUUCUCAUUCUGAGCACCUCUCUGAAGCCCGUUCAUAUUAUCACAGGGAAGUGAGCCUGCUGAUGCAAUCGACACCUCCUUUUCACCUCCUGGAUAGUUGGUCUGUGGGUCUUCUCAGGGCUCUGAUCUGAGGGAGGGGCAUGGUUGGGAUGCAGACUGACACAGGUGAAAGGGCACUGGAGCCAAAGAAAAGAGAAAUCAAGAUUUUGGUCAGAGAAAUACAAUAUUUUGAUGUGGGGUUGAGUUAAAGGCUUUUGUGUUGGCCUCACAAGAGGCUUGAGGUCGGGAAUGAAGCCAAGGCAGCCUUUGCAUGAAACGGGAAAGCAGAUUUAGCACCUGGGGAGAAGUCAGGGCUGAGAAACUUGUUUAUCAUAUUUACCUUCCCGUGGGAGACAUCUGGGCAGCAGAAUGACAUCCACAUGUUCCUGUUGGACCCAGGCGGCUUUGGGAGAGUAAGCUAGUGCUGGGUGACUUGACAGUCCUGUCUCAGAGUCUCUCUCUCUGUCUCUCUGUUUCAUGAACCUACCAGACUACGGCCUCAUCAGUCAUAGCUGGCAACAGAUGCCCUGGCCUGUCAGCUGUGCCAUGGAUUUACUCCCAUCUCCCCAGACUCAGCUGGCUGCUCUCAUGCUGGAGACUGCUGAAGGAUACUUACGUAUUUUGGAACUAAGAGAAAGAGGAGGAAUAUGAGCCAGGGCUAGCCAGUGCCAGGGACGCUCCGUGGGGACCCUCCUAGUCUGUAAAUCUGUGUCCCAGCUGGGUAGCAUCCCUUGAGCUGAGAGGCUCAGCCCACAGUAUAGCACCUGGAGCAGGUGUAGGUGGUUUAUUAUUCCAGGUAUAGGUGCCAACACUCUGGAGGAGCGUAUUACUAAGCAAUACCAGUUGCUGCUGCUUCUGCGUUUACCUUAUCUAAGAGCAAAGAAAAAUAUUCCAAUGGGCUACCCAUUGCUUACUCCCCUAGUCAGAAAAUAAAAUAAUAAUGAUUAAAAAGAGUAUCAAGGUUGAACUUUUAAUGUUUUUACUUUAGACAAAUAUUACUUUUCUCUCUCCUCCCAUGUUCCACAGCAGCUUUAAAGCCAAGAGCAAAGACUAGUUGUGUAUCUCUCUCCUUACCAUAAAAGGAAUUUGCCAUUAGAUUUCUGUUUUAGCCAGACACUGAUUAUCUGUGAGCCUGAAAUCCCGUACCAGUGUUAGGCUUUGCCAGUUGCCAUUGAGUUGAUUCCCAUUCCUGGUGACCCCAUGUGUGUCAGAGUACAACUACGCUCCGUAGGCUUUCAAUGGCUGAUUUUUGGGAAGCUGAUGCCGGCCUUUCUUCUAAAGUACCUCUGAAUGGAUUUGAACCUCCAAAUUUUCCGUUUUUAGCUGAGUGCUUAACUGUUUGCGCCAUUCAGGGUUCCUCAGUGUUAGAUUUCGGACCCUUUAAUUUGAUUGAAAUACACAGCAUUUUUUGUUUACCGCAAGUGACAGCCUUGGGAACGCUAUGGGGCAGUUCUGCUAUGUCCUGUAGGGUCACUGUAAGUUGAAAUUUGACUCAACGACAAUGGGUUUGGUUUUGGUUGUGAUUAGCAAGUCAUGUAAAGUAAAUGCCGAGUAAAGGAGGAAUUCUCCUCUCAGUUGGGGAAACUGAGGCAGAAUACAGUUGAGUGAUUUUUCUCAAGUUAUAUCAAAGAUUUAGUGCAGGGCCAGGCUCAACCGCCAGAAUUCAUCUUGUUAGCUUUGACACCGUCUCACCACGCGGAGAGUUCUUUUUCUGAGAAUUUGCAAGUAAGGGGAGUUACUAAAUGAGUGUCUUCACAACAUCGAGAAAUACGUUGCAGUUAAAGGAAAUAAAUAUUGCCAUUAUAAUACUUAAUAAGUCAUCAUAACUGGCUAACUGGGACUUUGAGCAAGUCACCAUCCCUGGGUUCCAAUCCCCUCCUUCAUUAGAAAAAGGAAGACAUUUGAAUGGUCACCUUUAAGAUUCUUCUGAUUUAAAGUUUUAUAUUUCCCAAAAUAAAAAUGAAGAACCUCAGACUGAAAGGUCUCUACCUGCCAGUGGUAGGUGCUUUGUUUUCCCCUCUUUGACUUUUUAAUGAAUUACUGCUUCAGGCUAGAGGGGGUGGGCGUUUGGAAGGAUAAACCAUCUGGCGCUCCAUCAGAGCCAGCUGGCUAAGCUCAGGAUGCAGGGUGCCUGGGAGUCAGAAAGAGCAGCUCUUUGUUCCUAACAGGUGUAACAUUAAAUGUUUAAUUGAAUCACCCAUCUUCAUAGGUGGAUUAGGGAUAAGGUUCAUCCCUUCAAGUUUAUCUCUUGACUAUACUGAAUCAUUAGAAAUACAAAUUACUUUUCCUUUCAUCAAACUGUCCAGAAUGUAUACAAUGUUGUUUUUAAAAGAUGAAGGAUUUUUGAAACCAUGUGAACAUGACCCAGCUAAGUAAACAUAAAAUAAAAUGACACAACUAAGCUAAUACCUAGAAAUGAAACUUUAAAUAUUUUAGUCAGUUUUAAAUAAAUAGGAUACAAGUAGCCCACAUUCAAGAGAGAUCUUUCCUAAACAAAAAUUUGUAGGAGAAUGACAUCUAAAAACAAACAACAUAUUGGUAUGUUUAUUUUUUUUUUCAGGGAAAAUCAGAUUCGGGGUUGUAGACACUAAAACUUGAUUCUAACUGAACUGCUUGUUUACAGGAAUUUCUGAAUUGUUUUUUUUAUGAACUGAUAUGUACAUGGAGUAGAGACACCAGAAGGAUAAUGUUAAAAUAUUAUAUUUACUCGAAAGGAUGACAAAUUUACAGCAGCCAUUCCUGAGCUCUUACAAAACUGUCAAAUCCAUGGAAGUCUCUCAUACCUCUCUGUUCAUUACUGCCUGCGGACUCUGGGAUCCCGUAGCUUUUAUCACCUUCAUAUUGGAAACCUUGAUAGUGCAGUGGUUAAGAGGUUGGCUGCUAACCAAAAGGCCGGCAGUUAAACUCCACCAGGUGCUCCUUGGAAACUCUGUGGGGUGGUUCUACUGUGGCCAAUAGAGUCCCUAUGAAUUGUAAUCGACUCAACAGCAAUGGGUUUGGUUUGGUACUGGGAGUUUUAGUUUCCCAGGGCUGCCAUAACAAAAUACCAAAAAGGAGGUGACUUUAAAGAAUAGAAAUUUAUUUUCUAACAGUUCUGGAAGCUAGAGGUGUGAACUCAGGAUUGACAAGGCUAUGUUCUCUCUCUGUUGGCUCUAGAAGAUUCUUUCAUGUCUCUUUCAGUUUCUGGUAGCCCCCGGUGUUUCUUGGUGUUCCUUGUCAUAUAGAUGGAUUCCCAUUUGCUGUCUCCCCUCUGUGGGUGUGACUUUUUCCAGUCUGCCCUUUUCUAAGAUGCCACUCAGACGAGAUUAGUAGUAGGACCCACCCUACACCAACAUAAAGCCAAACCUGUUGCCAUUGAGUCAAUUCUGAUUCAUGGCAACUCUAUAGACAGAGUAGAACUAUCCCAUAGGGUUUCUAAGGAGCGGCUGGUGGAUUCAAACAGCCGAUCUUUUGGUUACCAGCCUGAACUCUUAACCACUGGGCCACCAGGGCUCCUACACCAGUAUAACUUUUAACUGAUAACAUCUGCAAAGAAAAAUCCUGUUUCCAAACAAGGUCAUAUUUACCAGGAGAGGGGUUAAGUCUUUAAGAUAUCUAUACAAUUCCAUCUGUAUCAUUGGGUCACUUAUUUGCACAAGCUUUGACCAGCAUCCUGCUUGGUACUUGCAUUUGGCUAAGGGUCAUUUUCCCCCUCAAAUAGCAUUUCUAGCUUGUGGUUCUGGCAUUUUCCCCUCCAGUCCUGAGUGAUCCUGCUGGAUCUUGUUCAGAUUCAGAUUCAUCUAUAUUAAAUUCUAAAUGGAGCAACACCUGAUUGGAACCAAGACAGACACAGAACACAGAACUAGUCAACUGUAUUGAAGAGAAAACAAGCAAACAAUUGACGUCAAGGACAAAAAGUCAACCUCUCUGAGCUCUGGUUUCUCUAUAAAAUGAAGGGAUUGGAAUAAUUUCUAAAGUCUUAUGAGCUUCCUUCAGGUGAGUAUACUUCCUGAACUUCCAAAUAAUAGAUACAAGAUUAUUCAUUCAGUUACUCCAAGAUAUUUUGAGCUCUAGGACAUCAGGCUCAAGAAUCAGAGGAAAAUAAACACAGUUCAUGCCCACGUGGAGUUCACAGUUUAGAACAGGAGAUGGAAAAAAUUACCAAGAUUGAAAAAGUGUGAUAAAUACUACAAGAGGAUUUGGGGGGGGAGGGGGGGGCUGUUAUCUGAACACAGAUGAGGGAGAACCAAGAAGGAAAGAAGGAGGUCAGGAAAUCAUUUCAAAGACAGAGCGUUAACCUUCAAGGAAGAAGAGCAAAUACAGAGGCAACCACUUAAAAUAUUCUUUACUAUGAUGUUAGGCAAUGGGAAACAUCCUCCAACUGAAGCAAUCUUAUUCCAUUUGCUUUCAAGCACAGCACUGUUGAUGCAGUGGUUACUGAGAACUUGGAUACCACUUGGUGGAAUCCUAGGUUCCUUAACUCGCUUGACCCUGUGCCAGAUGGGUCUCCACCCUUGUAUCUAUAUCACCUGUUUCCUUCACUUCUGCUCCCAAGAUACAUCAAAUUCCUUGGAAAAAUCACAGAACUCUAAGGUGAGCCCAUUCAACCAAUAGGCUCCUGUGGCAUUUAGCAAAACUGAAAUCAUUGGCUUUUAUUUAAGUGUGUUUUCCUCAAUGUCUAUUUCAAGCCUCCAUUCUACUUCACCUUUUUAGGCUUUCCACAGUAACUUUGCCUCCUAUCUUGCUGAGGAAACUGAAGAAGGAGCUGCCUCAUUUAUUCUUUCUCAUAUUAAAAAGUGACUGUAUCUUCACAUGGCUCUGUCAUUUUGAUAUCUCCCUUUCAUCCAAGUACAACUUUGUUUACCUGAAUUCCAGACCCCAUUCAUUCUCAUUUUCUCUGGAUAGUUGCUCAAUUAUUCCCUUUCUUUUUAGAACCUCCAGACCAGCUUCUUCCUUCUUGAUUUCCAGUAUCACUCCAAGAGUCUCUUCUAUUCUGAAAUGAUUGUCUCUUGAUUGCUCUCCCUUGAGGCUUCUAUCUUCUCUUUCAUUUCGAUGUCAGGCUUGCUCUGGUGGCUGGUAUUCGAAACCUCAUUUUUUCUCCUCUUAGUUGCUCAACUCUUCAGAUUCAGCUCUGUCUUUGCCACAUUAGUGGAACUGACUCUCAGAUGAGACAUUACCAUUCCCAAUGUACAAAUCCAGCUCUCAGUGACCUCAACCUCUGUGGCAAGACUCUGUUGGCCUCUUCUCCUUUCUUGAAAUCCUGACAUCCCUUUGCUUCUUUUAUGUGAUUUUGACCUUUCCUAGCCUUCUUUACUGAAACUUGUACUAACCCGUGGGUUACCCUAAGGUUUACUCUUGGUCCUCUGUACUUUCUUCUCUGCAUUCUCUCCCCUUUCCUGGCUCAUCCUCUUCAUGGCUUCAGCA